UCCCGACUCUCCGAGCUGGAUGGCAACUCCAAACCCACCCAGCUUCACCGGGGCCGAAUUCUCUUUGGAUGCCAGCAACACACAGUGAGGCUGCGGAAGAAAGAAAGACAGAAGGACGGCCUACACCUAAUUAAAGAGGAACAUCACGAAACUCUGUAUGGCACACCCAAUUCCCGAACCGCAAAGCUUUUACCACUUUGCACACCCAUGUUUUCUUCAAGCUAUCUGAACGUAGAGACUUGUGGUCGGACGUUGUUUACAACAGCACUGCUGAAAAAAAGUUGAACGGUGCACAACAUUUGUCAAAGUCCUCACUUCAAACAAGACUAGCAGCAGGAGAGGAAGGAGGUUAUCUUCAAGCACCCGAAUUCGAGAGAAUUCCAUAUUCCAGGACACAUAUGGAGGAUUGAUCUCAUUUUCAACAGACGUGAGAGAUGUUGGAAUGAGUCUCGAGAUGGAUUAAGAUAAAGACAUUUCAGGCACCACAUUUUUGAGCACCAAAUGUAGUUCAAUCGGCUGGAUAUAUUCGUAUGGAAAGGAGGUGAAGGAGAGAUACACACAGAGGAGGGAACACAAGAGGAUAUCGAAUGUAUUUCACUGGAUUCUUUUCUUUUCUUUGAAUCACUACCAAGGGGAAUACAGAAGAGUACUUUUGAGUUUUGAAAAAUAUGGAAUUCGAGAGAAUUCCAUAUUCCAGGACACAUAUGGAGGAUUGAUCUCAUUUUCAACAGACGUGAGAGAUGUUGGAAUGAGUCUUGAGAUGGAUUAAGAUAAAGACAUUUCAGGCACCACAUUUUUGAGCACCAAAUGUAGUUCAAUCGGCUGGAUAUAUUCGUAUGGGCAGAAUCUCCAGCCAACCUCACCACCACAAUCACACACCAGCACCUGCGUCUAGACACCAUCCAAGGAAAUUGAUCCCCCGGCAAUUUCAUACUUCAAUAAUACAUCGUCCACAAGAAAAACUUGAUGUUGACAAAUUGCAAAAUGUGUUUUUUAACACGAGUCUCUGAAUGAUUGGUUUUGUUGUUUUUUCUCAAUUGCUUGCACCACUACAUCGACUUAUUUGCCCACUCCUCCAUCAAUCAGAGGUGAAGAACCCAACAAGGACGACCUCGUGAAGUCAAACAUCGUCACCACAAUAGCCAUGAUGGCUUUUCCUUUCCUAAACUCCAGUGGCCAAGACAGCCAGGUGUCGGUGGGCCCGUCCCCCGAGCCCGGCCCGCAUUGUCCCUCGGACACCAGCUCCAUGCGGAUCCCCCUGACGCUCUUCUACGCCCUCUUCGUCGUGCUCGGCCUGGCCGGGAACCUGCUGGCCCUGUGGGUGUUCCUGCGCGACCGCUCCAAGCAGGGCUCCGUGCGCGUGCUCCUGGUCAACGUGGCGCUGUCGGACCUGCUGCUGGUGGUCUGCCUGGCCUUCAGGGUGUGGUACCACGGGGUGCGCAGGGAGCGCUGGGAGCUGGGCGCCACCAUGUGUCACGUGGUGGGAAACUUCUUCUACAUGAACAUGUACAUCAGCAUUGUGCUGCUGGGGCUGAUCAGCAUCGACCGCUACUUGAAGAUCAGCCGAGGCGGGGUGCCGCUGCAGCGGCCCCGCGGUCUGGCGAUGAGGUGCGGCUGGAGAACUGCCGCCUGCGCCCUCAUCUGGGCCCUGGCGCUGGCCUUGACCCUGCUGCUGAUCCUGCUCUCCGAGGAGACUCACCAGGAGCUCCGCAGAUGCUUCCAGUAUAAGUCACUCCAGCACUCCAAGUGGAAGGGCUACCUCAACCUCAUGCUGGUGGUCGUCUUCUGGAUCAGCUACGGCUGCAUGGUGGUUUGCUACGUCAAGAUCGCCUUCAAGCUGCUGAGGACGUCCAAGGAGAAGCCUGACCUGCCCAACGCGGCUCGCUAUGCCCGGACGGCCAACAAGUCUUUCUUCAUCCUCGUCCUCUUCACCGUGUGCUUCGUGCCCUACCACAUAGUGCGCGUCUUCUACAUCGUCAGCCAGAUGACCGACACGUCCUGCUACUGGAGGGGCGUGGUCUACCAGGCUAACGAGGUGGCCCUGCUCUUCUCUGCGCUCAACAGCUGCCUGGAUCCCGUCAUGUACUUCCUGCUGUCGUCACCCAUGAGGAAGCAGGUGAUGCAGUUGCUGGGCAACGUGAUGCGGGUGUGGGAAGCCGGGGCUAGCGGCAGCAGCUACAGUGUCGAGCAGGGUUCGGGCUCAGGCAGGACCGUCCCGAGACAGCAGUCGACUGGCCUGGUGGGCGUCUUCGGGAACAAUACGGAUGACAUUACGAGCCAGCCAUAAGAUGGCGAAGGGAAAAAAAAUAAGAAUUGAAACGUCUGUUUAUGUAUUCCACAGCUUUGUUGGACACAAUUCGAAUUGUUCCUUUAAGGCAGGCUACUUUCUGUUAUUUCUAAACAGGAGGACGUUGCUAUGGACAAGCUUUCAACUGUUCAAUAUUUUGACAUUAUAUUCUGUGUCAAAUUGCAUUUAUUCAACAUUUAUUAAAAAUGAUUAUGAAUGUAUUA